CUAACGCCUGGGUGUUAUUUGAGCGAAUCGCCGGUAUAUCUCCACAUUUUCCACCAACACAAUAUGCAAUUUGAUCUAUUGUUCUUCGGCUGCAGUUCAUUGUUCUUCAACCAUUCACCUCCACAUGAUCUCCCUAGAAGCUUAAAUAUUCGCCCAUCCCCCAUGAUUUGGAAACUCUGGCACUCGUACUAUGGACAGCAUAUUUGAAUAGGGAGACGGAAAACAAGAACAUCGAAUCGGAGACGGGACAGAUCCAAGAUGUCAACCAUGAGAGCAUUCCAGUUUGACGAUGUGCAAAGUGGUCUGCAGUCGAGAGCCAUACCCCGUCCCCGACCAGAGCAAGGCCAAGUGAUCAUCCAGGUCAAAGCAGCUGGUCUGUGUCACUCCGACUGCAUCAUCCUCCAGGACGAUCAAUACAGCAUGAUCAUGAAGCGACCGAUAGUACUAGGUCACGAAGUCGCCGGGACAAUCGUUGAACUCGGUCCAGGAGUCUCAGAUUACGAAAUCGGUGACAGGGUCGUGGCAGGUAUCCCCACACGUCCCGUAACCGAGGACAGUUUAUCCAAAGCAGUCGGGCUCGGCUAUGACGGCGGCUAUGCAGAGCAGACCAUGGCCUGGAUGCAGAAUCUCAUCCGUAUCCCGGAGGCCGUCUCUUUCGCACAGGCUGCUGUCGCGGCUGAUUCGAUCGCAACUGCCUAUCACGCUGUGGUCACCGAAGGUCAGGUCGGCCCCGAUAGGACCGUGGCUAUUGUUGGGCUCGGCGGACUGGGUCUCUCGGCCGUUCCGAUUGCUGCUAUUCAUGGAGCUCGGGUGUAUGCGGUGGAUAUUGAUGAGAGCAAAUUCCCUCUUGCACGGGAUCUAGGGGCUGUUGGGUGCGCCAGCGGACUUGAUCAAUUCCCUGAUAUCGCGUUUGAUACUGUGGUUGACGUUGUUGGGGCUGGCAUAACGACUGCGGCAGCAGUGAACGCUGUCAAACCAUGCGGUCGCGUGGUAGCUGUUGGUCUAGCUUCGAAGGAAAUGAGCUUGGAUACUCAUGCUUUAAUUACCAAGAAUAUCACCCUGCAGGGAUCGAUCGGGUCAAGUCUGGAAGAGCUAAAGGAGGUCUUAAGACUCAUCGCUGACGGACGCCUUACUCCCAUUUUAGAGGAGAUUUCUUUCGACAGUAUUCCAGCGGGACUGGAGCGAUUGGCGGAAGGAAAGGUGACUGGCCGUUUAUUCACAAAUCCGACUUCCUCUAAUCGGGGCUGACGCGGACUGAGGACAUCCUUAGAUCCUGAUUCAAUCGUGUAGCUAUUAAAUCGCGCCUGCUACAUGCAGUGGUGAAGAUGAAUAGCGACCAAAUUAGGAAUGGCCAAACAAAGCAAACAUGGCCCAAUUUGAAAAGAAAAUUGGGACUUUGCAAGGCGGUGAAAAUGGCGGU